UCUGAGUACUGAUCGAGGGCCAAGGUGCCAGCAGGCUGCUUUCGCAGCGCCUCGCCCUCCACAUGCAGGGGCCUUCAUUCAGCAGGGCUCCAUUGAGCGCCAACGGUCCAACAUAUGUGUCUGGGCCGCAGCCUGGAUACACAGGAUACCCAGGUACAGGAGGCCACACAGGUCUUCCAGGUCCAGCUUAUGCACCAGUACACAGUGACCAGUAUGGGCCCCCGUAUGAAGGAUCAAGUCCUGGAACGGGAGGAAGUCCUGGAAAUCCAGAAAGUCCAUACAGUCCUGACAGUCUCGGCGGCUCUCCGUCGGGUGAUGGUUCAGGAGCUGAAGAUCAGUUCAUGGACAAAGACUACACUGAAUACACUGAGGCUGCUGGAAAAACAGGUGGAUCCAGUCCGAUUCAGAAAGUUGACCCUGCGUCUGGCGUUUCAGUGAGAAGACCUACCGACCUUGUUUGUGUCCUUAUCUCACUCGUCUACCUGUUCGGCAUGCUGAUUUUUCUUGCAAUUGUCAAAAACGCCUCCAUCGACGGACGUGCUUAUUCAGAUGUGCGACGUUUGUCCCACGGGAUGGACUACCAGGCACGACUGUGCGGUGUUGACGAUGGUGUACAGGAACGGCCAUUCGUUUUUUGGUGUAGAGAUGAUCCGGCGCAGAAAGACUUUUCUAUCGCAACUACGCUCAAUUUGAAGCAUCCAGUGUGCGUAGAAGAGUGUCCUCGGCAAAGCGGGCCAUCACAGCUGGGACCCAGCCAAGUGGAGUGUAUGAUGCGUCCUCAGGGUCAAGGGCCCGCUCCAGAAUAUGCUAUCCAGCCGGUGCCAAACAUUCCAGGAGGACAGUUUGGCAAUAAGGAGAAUUUCUUUCUCAUGUUCAGAGAAGAGACAGUGUAUGCGACGACGUACGACUCACAGCUCUUGUCUGGACGUUACUGUGUGCCUACCAACGAAACACUGAAGGCGGAUGUUCUAGCAUUUUCAGGGCCUCUAGGUUUGGAACGCCUGCACAAAGGCUUCGGCAGCUUCAAGGACUGUUGGCUGGUUAUGUUCUUUUCGGUUGUGGUGGCAGUGGUGGUCAGCCUGGUCUACAUAUUUCUCCUGGGUUCCUUGAAGGAUGCCGGAAACGUUGUAGUCUGUGGCUGCCUGAUUGCAGUGUCGAUCUUCUUGCUCUUGGUUGCCAUUCUCUUAUUCAUGUCUGCCACUUAUGGCAGUCCAAUCUUUUCGAGAGAGAGGUACAUGGAUCUAAAUAUUUUCUUCAAACGGGUGUCCGAGGGUCAAGCACUCAUUGCGUCCAUGGUUUGCGGCUGCAUUUGCCUCCUCUUAUCGUUCGGUUCUCUCAGCUUUUUCACGAAUGUCAAUGGCCACGAAACCAAGAUGGAGACCCUGAUAGAGGCGUCCUGGUCUGCUUUGAUGCAUAUGAAGUCACUUUUCUUCAUUCCACCAAUUCUGGCUAUUUGCAAGUUCUUCAUGAUGUGGCUGUUAUGCUACAACUUCAUGACAUUGGUAUCUGUUGGAAUGUAUGAUGACUACCGCAUUGUUGUAGAGGGAGAGCUUUUCGCAGGCAUGAGCAAGAACUUUUACUUUGAUCCGAUGAUGUGGUGGGGCAUUGUGGUCUAUGUAUUUGGCGGUCUUUGGCUCCUGGAAAUCUUCACCUCUCUGGGGCAGUUCGUGAUUUCGUGGUGCGCGGUCAUCUACUAUUUUACCUCCAAAGAUGAGGACAAUGAAAAGGUUGACAUUCGAUCAGUGGCAUGGAAGGGCCUUCGGAUUGCACUUCUCUACCAUGCAGGCAGUAUCAUGCUCGGGGCUUCUGGAAUUUGGUUGUUCAGGAUUCCUCGCAUGAUUGCUUGGAUUUGGUCGGAGAGUCUUCCGCACAAAGACUCAAACUGUGGCCUGGCAAGCCUGAAUUGUUGUUGGGAGCCAAUUGGACGAUGUUUCGAUGCUUGCGCUGGCAGCAAGUCUGACAGGAAGAAAGCAGCAGGAAAAUGGCAAAGCGGCGAUUCUUUGCUUCAGCAGUGGUCCAAAGACGCGUACCAAGAUGUUACAAUCAGAACGACUCACUUCUUUCCUGCCAAAGAGAAAGCGCAGAAGUUCAUUCAGAGCCAGUCCAAAGUGAGCAAGCUCACUGGAGAGUGUCGUCCCUGCACAUUUAUUGGUGUUUUGGCUGGUGGCAUCGCUGGUUUUGUUGUUUGCUAUUGCACACUUUCAUUUGGGAGCAUUUACAACGAUCCCUCGAAGUCAGGCUUCAUUAUGGAUCCAUUGAUGGUGGCAUUUGUGGCUUUUUUCCUCUGUUGUCACAUUGCGUACGACUUUUGUGCCCUGUUGGAUCAUAUGGCAGAUAGCCUUUUGUAUUGCUUUGCUUACAAUAAGAAGUUCAACAAGAAGACGGUUGACAGGUUUGUGCCAGAAGAGAUCCAAGAUUUGAUAGGUGGAGAGGAGAUUGAAAAACUCACGAAGCCACAGCAUUCCUGGACUGGCAAAGCACAGCCUGACAUGUUUGUCUCAACGUGGAGCAAGAAGAUACACCACACCUUCCAUCAAUGGACCCAGGCUGGACAUGCAGAACAUUGAGAGCCUGGUCAAUCUUGGGAGCAUCAGUACUAUAGUGACAACCUUGGUACUGUGGCGCCAUCAGUCAAUGUAGAAUCACUUUUCAGUGGUAGUGUCAUAGACUUGUCUCAACUGUGCAGACAGCACCCAUGGGUGCAAAGGUGUGGGCCGUGAAAAGCUGCGAAUGCUAGCGCAGCAAUCAGCAAGAGAUGUGGCUGAUGAAAUGGUUGAAAUGCAC